AUGGGCCAGAAACACGGCAAGCAGGCCCGCGACCACGACCGCGACCACAGCGACGACCUCGCGCCGCUCUCGCCUGCGCUCUCGCGCCUCGAGCGCGAGCGGCCGACCCACCGGCGCGCGAAAUCAGCCAAUCUAGCCGCCGACGCACCGCCGCUCGACUGGUCGACGUUCGAGAACCGCUCCAACGCUCGGCGCAAGUCGAGCGGCUUCCUCUCCCCCGGGGCGAGUCCGCGCGCGAGCCCCCGCUCCAGCGGGCCGAGCACCCCGCUGCCUCCGCCGCCCCGACGGCCAUUCGACUCGAGCGUGCGCUCGGCCUCGGCCCCGGCAUCAGGGCGCAGCGCGAGCCCGCGGCGUGGGGACCGCCGCCGCCCCAGGCCGAAGAGCACCCUCGUGCCCCUCGACAAUGCGCCGCUGCCGCCCGGCGCAGAGCCCGCAGCCACCGUCAUCGUGACGCCUGCGCCUGCGCCGCCGCCCCGCGUCACGCUCGACCGGUACGCGCACCCGCAGAUAUUCGAGCGCAUCCUCGCAUACGUCUCGCCCGAGGCGUACCCCGCCCUCCGGGCCACCUGCCGCGCACUGCACGUGCGGAUCAACACGGUGCUGUACAAGCACGUCGAGCUGCACGUCGACGAGGUGUUUGCCAUGUCUGCCAAGUCGCCAUCCCUCACGACGCUCGCGCUCGAGAUCACCGCGCCGACAGAGCUCGACGACGAGGGGUAUCCCCUGCCUGCGCGCCGGCUUCCGGGCCUCCGCUGGGGUCUCGACUCGCCAUGGGACCACGGGCUGUGUGUCGACCGGCUGCGGACGUACACGCGCGUCGUGGACGAGGUGGGGCCGGGGAAGAUUGUGCUCCUGCCGCAGGAGGAGCAGCGCGAGCUGUACGGCGCCCUCGGCGCAGUCGACCUCGUGCGUGAUCGUGUCCAGCUGAGCCCGCUCGGCGGGCGCACGCACGUCUUUUUCCGCCAGCUGCCGGCCGGGCUGAACGAGACGGCGCCGCGCGUGCUCGUGCGCGAGGUCGAGCCCGUCGUCGAGACGGCCGUGAUCACCAUCCAGAUCAACAGCCGUGUGCAUCCCAGCACGCUGGCCAAGGCAGCGAUUCGCGUGCCGGGCGCGGCGUCGCACCGGCCAAACGACCGCGAGGUCGUCGUCAUCUUCUUGCCGGAUGACCAGGUGGACAGCGCGGCGUUUGCCCGUCUCAGUAUCGACGACAAGCGGCGCUCGUUCGCGGCCGACUCGCGCAACGGGUCGUACUCGCGCCUCAAUGACGAGAAGCGCGGCUCGGGCUCGUUCGCGCGGUCACGGAACGGCUCCUACGACCAGCUCGACGCGCGGCGCAACUCGUCGUACAACCAGCUGGACGCGCACCGCAACUCGUCAUUCGGGCUGAGCUCGCGCAACUCGUCGUAUGCGCAGCUUGACCGCGACCGCGCGCCCGCAGUCGCUUCUCGCUCGGCCACCGAGCGUGCCAAGCCGCUUGGCAUGCUCACGGACCUCGUCGACGACAUGGUGCGCCACUCGCCCUGGGUGCGAUACACGCUCGUCGGGCUCGAGACGCUGCGCAAGAGCUGGAUCAGCCCGGAGCUGGAGGUCACGCCGUGGAUGGACGCGCAGCAGCGCAACGAGGUCAUAUACAAGGCCAUGUACGACUUCAAGGUCGGCCCGUUCUCGCUCACCGGCGAGACGGACAAGGCUGUCGAGGCGUUGCAGGCCCUCCAGUUGCUCUCGCUCGACGAGUACAAGGCCAUGGUGGGCGACGACAUGUACGCGCUCGCCACGACGUGUCCUGCUGGCCCGCUGGUUCCGGGCUUUGUGAAUGGCGACGAGAGUGAUGGUGGAAGAUCGGAUAGCUCGCGUGAGCAUGAUGCCGGCGACGACGACGGGACUUACUUCGCAUAA